GGAGGCAGUAAUAGAGACGUGCUGUGUCGCGGUUGGAACUUGAAUUCUCACCCAAAGUUUUGUUGUUUGCUUCAAUUUGCACUAUCAGAACUUCUCCUUUCGAGCAUUAAGUUCUCUCUCUCUCUUUACCUUUUUCAUUCUCAUAUAACUCCUUUGCAUUGCAGCCUCAAGAAUCUCUUUAAUAGGUAAACACACUGCCACCCUUUUGAUCUCAGAGCUUAUCCAUCCAUUACAGUCAUGGACACCUAUCAUAUUGACCUGGUAGGUGGUGGUGUGCAAGAAAGAAAGGGAACAAAAAUAGCCAAAACCAAGAAAAAGCCUAUGAAAGUAGUGUACAUAUCCAACCCCAUGAAGUUCAAGAUUAGUGCAUCUGGAUUUAGGGCUUUGGUUCAAGAACUCACCGGCCAAGAUUCUGAAUUGCCAGACCCUACUAAGAUUGUGGACGAUGAUGAUCAUGGUGUCGGUGGAAAUUAUCGAACGGUUUCAAAUGCUUCCAAAACUGUUGUUGAUGAUCACUGUGCACUAGAGGUCCCCACAAAGGAUCCUAGUCAAGAGCAGCCUGCAAGACAAGACGCUCCAUUUGGGUCUUUCGAUGACGUUUUCAUGCCUCAGAUGUUAGAGAAUGUUGCUGGAAUAUUGCCAUCAAAUUCAUGGUACGAAGCUUACUCAUAUGGAUAUGGUGAGAAGCCUUGCAAUAUAAUUUGAGUAAGCUCUCUUCGGUGGCUUCUGUUCUUAUCUGUGGUAUGGUUGUUCCAUGUAAUAUGUGAUUAAUCAUGUAGUUCAUGUCUCUUUGUGUGAGAAAUUAACAUUGCUCGAUGUUGAAGGGGAUUGCAACUAGCUAGCAAGAAGUGUUCAUGCUAAUAACAAUUUGCUUCCUUUA